AUGGUGGCCCACCUGCGUCCCGAUGGACCUGCACCCCCCAACCUUGAACUGAUCCUUCCCAACGAAACUUGGUGGGUUGAACAUUUCGAUUAUCUGAAAGAACAUGGAUACGUUAUGAGGCCUCGUUAUCGUCCCGGCUGGAAGCCCUCUUAUAAACUCGGGACACACGAAUUUCUAGAGCGCGAAGAUGGGCAAGCACUCGACGUAAACCCAAUCAUGGAUGCUAUUCGCUCAUCGGACUCUCUUAUGGUCGCAAUAAAACGCGUCAAAACCUCUUCCAGCGAGGUUCAAGUCGGCACUCUCUUCUCAAAUGACGAACAUGCAUCGAAUCCUAGUAACCAUUGUAUCCGGAUCUUGGAAGUGUUGUCAGUUCCCGAAACAGCGGACGAGGUACUUCUAGUUAUGCCGUGGUUGCGGGAAGUAGACAGCCCAUCGUUCCGAACAAUAGGAGAAAUCCUUCAGUUCACAAAGGAAAUGAUCGAGGGCCUGCAAUACAUGCACAAGAGCAAUGUGGCGCAUAGAGAUUGCUCUAUCAAUAAUAUGGCUAUGGACGCCAAGACAAUGUACCCCCACCAAUAUCAUCCAAGGGCUCCAGAAAGGAGAUACGAUUGGACUGGAAGGGUACACCACCGUUCCCGGACUCAUCGUCCUCCCAGAUACUAUCUUAUUGACUUCGGCUUCUCUCAAAAAUACGACCCUUCUCAACCACGCCCUUUGGAAUAUGCUAUAAAAUCUGGCGGGUAUCUUCCGCCAGAGGGUGCCGCGGUUAUCCCAUGUGAUCCUUUUGCCACAGAUGUUUUCCUUUUGGGAAACAUGGUACGGACUUCAUUUCUCGAUGUGAUCGAUGGUUUGGAGUUUCUCAGACCACUCGUCAAUGACAUGAUUGUGGAUGACCCGUCGAAGCGACCAACCAUGGAUGAGGUCGCGUCACGAUUUUCCAUUAUCACGAAGACACUUUCGUCCUGGGAAUUGCGCUCGAGAGCAGCCCGGAAAAAUGAAUUUCCUCUGCUUAAACCGUUCCGCGCGAUCCAUCAUCUCUUAUGGACUACUUCGAUGAUGCUUCUCCUAAAGCCUGCUAUACCAACUCCAACAAAGUCUCCUAGCUAA